GCUGGAAGGCGACGAAACCCAGUUUGAGAGAGCGCAUGGAGGCAAAAGGCGAUACUGGUCCAAAACAGUUACUUUUCGGGGUAGUCGAAGAAGGAGCGUUUACAAGCAUUGGAGGUGUGAAACUAGGCCAGAGUAGUGGGUUAUCAUUCCAAGAUGAGAACACUCUAGUCAUCUUCCAUAGAGCGGGUCGAGCAUGGGACCAGAACUCAUGUGAUCAGUAUAAUGUUGUGAUGGGUGAAAAUAGACUGCCAAUCAAGGAUGAUGUGAUUUUGAGUGUUAGCUUCAACGGAAAUGAAACUCGUGUACUGAAGAAGCUAGGAAAGAACAGAUUCUAUAUGCCACAUGGAAUCCAUGUAGACCGGGAUGGCUAUUUGUACACUACAGACGUAAGAUCGUAG